AAUGGGCAGACCAAAUAAAGAUCCUUUUUUCUUUCUUUCUUUCUUGUUUCCUUCUUCUAUAACUUCUCAUUCAUCCCAUGAAAAGCUUCUUCCUCUCUUCACCAUAAAUGGACACCAAAAUCAAUCCUUUUCUCUUCCACUACUAAACCCAAAUUCAUUAUAUUUCUUUACAAAGAAAUUAGUAUAUCAUUCAUUUUUAGGGUUUUUCUCUCUUUCUUUUUCUUUCCAAUGUCCAAAAUCUCAGGGUGUUCUGAUGAUGGUGGGAGCUUUGUGUCUGAUGCUGAGAAAUUAGAGAAUCAGUUCUUUAAUGGAACCUUUGAAUCUCAUCAUCAACAACCUCAACCUCAGCUUGUAGUUCCCAAGAAGAAGAGGAACUUGCCAGGAACACCAGUUCCGGAUGCGGAGGUGGUGGCAUUAUCUCCCGAAACCCUAAUGGCGACGAAUCGAUUCUUGUGUGAGAUAUGUAACAAAGGGUUUCAAAGAGAUCAGAACUUGCAACUACACAGACGAGGGCAUAACCUACCGUGGAAGUUGAAGCAAAGGACGAGUGGGAGCGAGACGAAGAGGAAGGUGUAUGUGUGCCCGGAACCGUCAUGCGUCCACCACGACCCAGGGAGGGCACUGGGAGACCUCACGGGAAUCAAGAAACAUUUCAGCAGAAAGCAUGGGGAGAAGAAGUGGAAAUGUGAGAAAUGCUCGAAGAAAUAUGCUGUUCAAUCUGACUUGAAGGCUCAUACCAAAGCAUGUGGAUCCAAGGAAUACAAAUGUGACUGUGGCACUAUCUUUUCCAGAAGAGAUAGCUUUAUCACCCAUAGAGCAUUUUGUGAUGCCUUAGCAGAAGAACACAACAAAUUAGUCAAUGCUCAUCAAGGAGCAACAACAAUGGCUUCUUCCACAGCCAUUAAUGGACCUAAUUCCUUUCAACCUCAACCACUUCCUCAUCUUCUCUCUCGACCCGGCAUCCUUUCGCUGCCGUUAACAACGCUGCCCCACGACCUUAUGCCUAUUCCUCCAAAGCCCUUAAACCUAUCUGCUGGAUCCAUGUUUUCAUCUUCCAUUUCCAACAACUCCGCCACCCCCACCACCUUUCAAAACGACAACCAUCUCUUUUCCUCCUCCUCCGCUCUCAUGUCCGCUACCGCUCUGUUGCAGAAGGCAGCACAGAUGGGAGCUGCUGUUAGCAGCGGUGGAAACUCCGGUACUCCUUGUUUCAACUCACCCAUGAUCCAUGAGAAGAAGGGUUUUGUUACAACCAUGGCUCCUUCUUCCUUCUGUGGGCUAUUGGCCACCAACUGUUUACAAAGAUGUCCACAAGAUCAAAAUAUGUUAUCCCAACUACCUUCAAAGGGCAAAGCAAUGGACAUGGAGAUGAUGAUCGAUGACGACAACAACAACAACAACAUUACGAUGAUGAACGGAGUGUUCGAUCAGCGGUCGUUGCUCGUGGAAGCAGCUAGGAAGACGACGACGCUAGAUUUGUUGGGGGAUGAGGGAGGGAAUAAUAAAGGGAUGAAAUUUCAAGCACAAGAUCAUCAAAGUAGUGUGGGGUUAUUGGAGGGCUUGUGGAGAAUAUGAUAGUUUUUCUAAAAGGCAUAUUUGGGAUAUUUUAUAUUAUAUAGUUCCCUUCUCCUUAAUUUGUUAGAAAAUUAUUAUAAGAAGAAACCAUUUUUUCCUUUC